AUGGAGCGGCCGCGACUUCUCCAGGAAAACGAACGAUCAUUCAUUCACCCAGCACUUCGACCACAACUCGGCGGAAACAACAGUCACACUUGCGGAAUCCGCCCAGGAAAUGAGGUCAGAAUCCCCGCCAAUGUCAACCCUUCGACCUUGACCUCUUCUGCUGCCAUGACCCCGUGCAGUUCAACGUUACCAUUAGCGACAACUUUCCAGGGACUGCAGCUUCCAUCGAUCCCGCCCAACGGAUUAAACCUCGGGAUGUUGUCAGCCAUGACAAAUCUUGCCGCUGUUUCCAAUUCAGUUCAUGCCACAAAUGCCGCCUUGCCUUCCCAGCUGCUUCCUUACCCGGGGAUGUUCCCAAAUCACGAGGAGUUGAGGUACCUAAGUAUGGCGCAAAUCCAAGCCGCGAACCAGGCUCACCUAGCUGGAGAGGUUGCCAAACUGAAACCGCCAUUUCUGACAAGAAACUAUUUAGAACUGGCCAUGUUGGUCUGCAAUACCUUCAGAGGAAAGCUAUUCCCGUGUCCACACUGCAGAUACGUCACUGAUCGACGCAACAAUCUAAAACGGCAUAUUGCCACCAUGCACCAAGCCUGCGACAAACAGCUUGAAUGCUGCGGAGUUACUUUCUCCACCAAAGCUUCUCUGAGAGAACACAUCACCAUCUUUCACCACAAUGGUUACUCCUGUCCCUUCUGCGGCCGUCGGUUCUGUCGCAAAGCUUUACUAAAACGCCAUCUUUCAGUACACAGUGGCCAGAAAGAUUACACCUGUCCUAGUUGCGAUUACGCCACGAGUCAUAAAAGCAACUUGGAAAGACACAAAAGAAUUCAUGCCAGACUGCAAAUCCUUGGCGCCUCAGGUCUGGACGAGUCUGAAUCACACAGCUGUAAGAUCUUCCAGGAAAAUGACACAAGAAUGGGAACCCCCUCGCUAGCCCAAGCUUUCCCGAAAGAUCAUCUAUUCAGAAACAGCUUUUCCACGUCGAUGGCCGAAUCCUGGGCUGACAAACUAAGAGACGGGACCUUCAGAGGGUCUACUACCAACAACGUUGACGACCAAGAUGAUUGCGAAAUUGAUAUUGACGAUGAUAAUGAUGAUGACGAUGAUGAUGAUAGUGAUGUUAUCAUCGAUGCAUGUAGCGAUGACAGCCGUGAUGUGGACAGCCAGCCAGUGUCCACAACUUUACGUUUAAAUAUCAAACCGGAAGUGACCAAUCUGCCGGUUAACCUGGUCACCCCUACCAACGCCCGAGCCUGCGCAGCGGCAACAAUGGCCGCCAGACUAACCAAUGGCUUUCUGCCUUAUUCCGUGGCCGCCAUGUUGCCUGCAGUUUCUGACAGAUCGGCCUCGAAAACUAGUAAAGAAACAAAUAUGUUCUGA